GUGGGAAAUUCGUGCGAAAGUCGUGAAGAUUUCAUUACAGUUGCAUGAAAUUUUCCUUCCGAAAUCUCUGGAUAUUUUUGGAUUAGGAAGCUGUCAAUUGUAGUAAUUAUACGCGGGAAAAAACCGUUCUCGUAUUUCUAAAGCUUUAAAAGCGAUUUUCAUUGAUGUCGGGAAUACUGUCCUCUGACAGCCAACUUAUCCAUGACGAACUUGAGAAAGCGAAAGAGACCGUAAGCCGUUUGCGUUGUAUCAACGGUUUUACACCGGGAUUUUGCCGAGACAGCGCGGUUUGUCAAGGAUGCUGGCGUUACGAACAUGACAUCACGAUCGGAAAAGGUUCGGAACGUGACGAUACCUAUUCGGGAGUACGAGACGAUCCGUGGGAGUCGAUAAAUUCUCCGUAUUCGCACGUGGACUCCGAGGGUUAUGGCAUAGGCGGUGGUAGUUCAGUCAAACAUCAUUUCUACUCGACCUCGCGUGGAAGUUCUUCUUCCCACGGGAAAUCCGGCACGUCACGCGCGAAAUUUGCUAUGCCUCGCGAGAAAUCUGGCGUAGCCCGCGCGGAUCUCGCACGCGUACACGAACAGGUUAAUUCAUUAGAGAAAAACGUUCGCGGACCCAUUCUUUCGUACAUUCAAACUAUUGAAGAAAAGAAUCGUAAUUUAGCCGACGCCGUGGAAAUAAUACAACAGCAGUUACUAAAACACGAGCGUGAAUGUCCUGCGGGAAGUCCGAAUGUUCUAUCGGGCGCCGUUCGCAGUUCGUCGCAGAGUGGUCGGGACCGGUCGUGGUACGAUGGCUCCGAAAAGGAUCAGUUGAUGUCGAGAUUGAAUGCAAGCUACAAGGCCGAACAGGAAUGCCGGUUCCGAGCGGAUAAUCUUCAAAACGAGUUGUCAAUGUGUCGCGAGAAGCUGGAAAAAUCCGAAGCAAAAGUUAAAGAACUGUUUAAGAACAUUUCGCUCGGUGGUGGGGCUACUAGCGGUGAGAUGUUGCUGGAAAACCGAUUACAAAGACAACAACAGCUCGCUGAAGGUUACCUCAAAGAGUCGACGUCGAAAGAAAGAGAAGUUAGUUUUCUUACCAUCGAGAAAUACAACCUUCAAAGCGAAGUCAGUUCGCUUUUGUCUGAUCUCGAGUCUUGCAACAGAAAGCGAGACGAGAUGGCGCAAGAACAGAAGAAACUUCAGGCAACUUUGGGCGCGAACAGACAGAGAGUCAGCGAUCUUCAAAGCGAGCUGGCAGCAGUGAAAUCCGAGAACCGCCGGCUGAAGACGAAGUUCCGCGACGAGCUCGGAAAAGAGCGAUCGGUGAGCGAGCAAAAGAACCAGAGACUCUAUAACAACGACAGAGAAAUCAAAGAACUGGGGAAGAAAGUUAAAAAAUACGAGGAAAACUUCGCUUCGCAUAAAGACGUCACCUAUCGCUUGGAACACGAGAAACUUGAACUCUUGUCGAAAGCUAAACAUUUGAAUAGCGAACUUAAGGUUAAGGAGUCCGAGUGUAAAAAGUUACAACACGAAAACGAGAAACUCGGUAAAGAUAUCAGAGAGGCCCAGCAGGAUGCUAUAUUGUGUAAACGAGACUCCGAAAAUUCGUCCGUUUAUGUGGAGAGUCUUAAGAGUGAACUUAAAGAGGUCCAGAGUUCGGUUAAGAUCUUGGAACAGUCCCUGACAGAGAGUAAAGUCAACGAAUCGAAAACUACCACGGAGAUUGAAAGGUUUAUUAGUCAAGAACUCGAUCUCAAGUCUCAAAUUGAAAGUUACGAAAAAGAUAAGAUAGUUCUGACGCAGGAAGUGUCCGUUUUGCGAAAACGCGAAGUCGAUCAUGCUAAUGAGAUCACUCAAAUCAGAGAGAGCUUUGGGACAUCUGAGAAAGGAUUGAACGACUUAACUCAAAAUUAUACUGCUCUUGAAAGCGACCUUAAACUUUCCAGGGAGAAAUGUGCUCAAUUGCAGAAGGAGAAAGAAGAGUUGAUGUUGACCAAAGGCGACUUGGAGAAGUCCGCUGAAGUUCUCAAGGACGAGCUGAUUCAAAUUACAGAUAAUUACAAUGAUCUUGAUGUUAAGAGCACGCGAGUCUCGUCUGAUCUGAAAGCGUACAAAAGGAUUGUCGCGGAACGAGAUGACCAGCUUAAAAAAAUAGAGCUAGAGAUAGCGGAGUUGCACAAGAAGCAGGAUAAAGACCUCAAGGAGCUGUUACGAAGUGAUAAGGAGAUUGCCUUCCUUAAAGCUAGGGUUUCCUCUGUCGAGCGAAACGCCCGAAGCAACCUGGGAACGGGAAGAUCUCUGAGCCAAUCAAAUUUGAGUACUCUUCAGCGCGAUGCCGUGCCGCCUAGCAAGGAGACUGAGAUCUACUUGGAGCGAAUCGUGGAACUCGAGAGCGAAAACAAGGCGCAACGAGGUGAAAUCGAGAAAUUCCAAAAAGAGGAAUUUAAUUCCAAGAAAGAAGCGCAGCGGUCUGAUUCUUUGAAAAACGAGCUGGCGCAACAGGAUGAGGAAAUUCAGAGAUUGAAACGAGAGAUAUCACGUUUGAAGCAGAUUACAGAGGACUUGAGUGUAAAAGAGGAACAAUUAGGUACAGUGGAGGUUGAAAGGGAAAGAUUGAAACAAGAAGUUAUUAAACUUCGAGCAAAGGUGGAGGAAACGGAGCAGUUAAAAGAAGACUGGGAACAGAAAGAACAGGAGAUUAAAGCGCUGAGAAGAAUGUCCUCCGAUGAGGCUGACUUGGAGGGAAAAGUGUCCAGAUUUAAAGAUAGGUGUCGUGAAAAGGACGAGGAGAUCGAAGAACUUCACAAGAAAGUGAUCGCACUUCAAACGAAGAUCAAGGAUUUCGUGCAACAAAACUCUCAUGCCGAGGAACAAGUCCGACACAUGAAGGAGAAAUACGCCACGGAGUUGAACGAAAAGGAUAAGAUUUCGCACGCGUUGUCCGCUUCUGAAACAAAAUGUCGUGGCCUUGAGGAAGAUGUGGCCAGGUUGGAAAGCAGUAGUGCGGAUUUGGAGAAAAAGGUUGUUGAGAUGAAGGCGAUGGUUAACAGCGUCGUCUCGGAGAAAGAUGAAUGCAAAGAUGAAAUGGAGGGAUUGACUGCAGAAACUAAGAAAAGCGAAGAGGAAAUUGAAAGAUUGCGAAAACAGAUACUGGAGCUCGAGGAAGCUGUGAAACAAAAGGAUGAAUUAUUGGCUGUAAAUGAAGCGCCGGAUGGCGAAAGCACUCCUUUGGACAACUCCUUCGAUGGCAGCAGAGUCACUUCGAGUCGAAAUGGACGAGCGAGCGCUCUUGAUCGACUCGAAGUACUCGAAGAGGAAAACAUUCAGCUAUUGAACAGAACUGCCGAGCUUGAAGACGAACUUGACGCGUCAGAGCAGCACGCGCAAGAGCUGAAGAACGCGCUUAAGGCGAAACGUGAGAACGUUAACGAUCUGCACGCAGAUAUGGAUCUCGCGAAUGAACGGAUCAAGAGUCUGGAGAAACGCAAAGUGGAACUAGUCGAGGAAAACGAACAUUUGCAGCAGACGUAUAUCCUGGCGAAACAGAAGAUUGAAGAUCUCAAAGUCUCGAACGAACGAUACGUCGAAGAAUCAGAUGAGUUGGAAAAAGCGCUGACGACGACAGAACAGAGAGCGGAAGAAUUGGAGAAGCGGGUUGAAGAGUUAUCUGGCAAGUGUGUGAGCAGCGAAGGCCAUCUACAAAGCAUGAGCGAACGGUUUUCGAGAAAAGAGAAAGAACUGGAAGUUGUAGAAAACCAAGUGGAAGAACAACGCAAGCUUUACGAUGGUCUAAAAGCUGCCGCAGAAAAACAAGAAACUUUGAUUGAGAAACUCCGAGCGGAGAAAACCAGCGCAGAGGAGGCGUUGCUUGCGAUGAAGUUGGAGAUUUCCAAAAAAGAAGUCACUUAUAAGGCUGGAAAAGACAAGGUGGCUGAAAUGCAGUCGCGACUUUAUCAAACGGAAGAUAAGUUUUCAAGCAAGACGAACGAAUUGAAAAAGAUAACACGCGAAAAUGAAAGAUUGAAACGUGAAAUAAAAGAUUUGGAAUCGAAAGUGACGGAACUUCAAACUUCCCUCAAGAGAAGCAAGUCCUUAGAACUGGAGAAGACAAGUCCUGUUACUGGAAUGUACAAUACAACUUUUCAGAAGAUAACAACGUCUGUUAAGGGCAACUCUCAGAGCAUGGAAGGACUUGAUACAAAAUUAAACCAAGCACAAAACAAGAUUUCAACGCUAGAGGUAGAGCUUGCAAAUGAUCUUCGAAAAUUUUCACUUCACCGUUCCUCUUCCACAUCAUUCUCGCCGAGCGAUUCACGGCUAAGUCCUGGAUCCUACAACCUACGUCGCCCGCGAUCAUACUCAAAUAUGUCAGCGGAUGACCAUGAUAGCCCGAUGUCGUUCACGAAGUCGGUGUCCUCGCCUAGUAUCAACGGGGAUGUUGGCUCCGACAUGAAAUCCCGCAGUACACCAGAGAUUUCCAUACCCUAUAUUGAUGUCAAUACCUCCGAGUAUACACCGAAUUCUCCCGAAGGUGAUGUUUCCCUGAACUUGGGCGAUGAGGGCGAGUUUGAAGCAAGCGGUGAAGCAUCGAAUACUCCGGCCGAAAAUCAGUUGAGUGAAGUCGACCCGUUUUUGACCACACAGUCGAGAUUCUCUUCAGAAGAGACUGAUCUAAACCCAGACGAGCAAAUUAGUCCGUAUAUUGCGAAAGAGGUGGCCCAAGAUCUCGAGAAUGAUGCGAUGUCAUUUUUCGUGGAAGAAUUCUCUGCGCGCGGUUCUCCAGUUCAGGAAAUAGCCAGCGUCCAGGAAGUCGUGACGUCAUCCUCCAGUCCUGUGACCGGAAAUAUGACGUCAUUAUCCAGUCCCAGCAUACAACUGGGCUUGAACGGCGAAGAGGAAAUGAUUUACUUUUAAAAGGCAUAAGUUAGGCAAAUGUAGCAUAUUUAAACGUCAAAUCGCACUGACGUCUUCUC